GCCACUAUCCGGCUCGUGCUCAUCGCUGUUGAGCUCACUGCCUAUAUUUGACUUGCUUUUCACUGCUGAAUUCGACUAUGGCUAAUCUCCAGGACCCCUUGCUCGCGUUGAGACAAGCCAUCAAAUCCAAAACACCCAUAACUUAUACCGAUGCAUCCUCCAAGCCAACACCCUCUCUUGCCUCUGCAACGCAUCUCAUACUUUCUGGAAAGCCAUACCCUAAAUCUACACCAACACGGCUCCGCAAACCUGAUGCAACCUCUACUGAUCCCUUGACGUCUCCUGCAGAUUUCUUCGCUUUGGAAGCCGUAUAUGUGGCUUGGCUAGGUCGAGAUGCAAGUGGUGCAGAAUAUAUGAAGCAAGCGCGAGAGAAUGGGUUGACUGUGGGAUUCGUAAGUGUCACAGAGCGGAAAGGCGUGGUUGAUUGGUUGGAGGGAAAGGUUUCCGACCUCGAGAGUAUUAUUCCCUCAGCUUCAGAAUCAACAACACCUCCCGGUACUCCACCUCAGCUGAAGGGAGCUGGCGCUACCGUUACAUCUACACCGUCAAAGUCCGCAUCUGCGACUACACCCGCGAAACGUAGAUAUGUGGCGGACUCUGCAGACGUCGAAGUCGUCAAGAAGAUCAAGGCGAAUGAGAUUGAGUUGCGUGACAGAAACUCCGUUCUACGGGGAACCAAAGCAAAUAACUUCAGCAACGUUCGCACAUCUUUCGCGGAGAAACUCAAGAGAUCCAAGGAGUCCGCGAGAUCAGGAGCAGUUGCAUCUUCCAUACCAACACCGGACCCCAAGUUGCAAGCUCGCAAGGCUAGGAGUCAAUACCCGAUCAUCAUGAUUUCGUCUUCGCCAACCGCACUUAUAACCAUGCACAACGUAAAACGAUUCUUGCAGGAUUCUAUAUACGAGCCUUCGCAGGAUGCUCGAGCGAAGGCUGCUGCAGAGGGAAACCCGCGGCCCGAGGAUAUGAUUCCCAUCUAUCGAAAGAAAUCGAUGAUGGACAGCGCUGGAAGAGAAACGGAGAGUAGUAUGCGGUAUUUCAUUGUUGACAGCACGGAGGCAUUGUCAAAAUUCGGCGCAGAUGCAUGGGACCGUGUGGUGUGCGUGAUGACCACGGGACAGGCAUGGCAAUUCAAGCCGUACAAAUGGAGCGACCCAAAAGUCUUGUUCCAUCAUGUGAAGGGAUUCUACGUCUCGCUAACGAGCGACCCACCAAACCCCAAAAUCAAAGACUGGAACGUCACAGAACUAAAGCUGGAUCCCCACCGACGGCACGUCGACCGAGCCGUUGUUGCUUCAUUCUGGCAGGUAUUAGACAACUGGAUAGCGACUAAUAAGCCCUGGUUGGUCAAGACAUGACCGGUCAUGACCUCUUACGCCAUUAGGACUUUCUAUCUUGUACCAUAUGUUCCUCGCUAGUCUUUGCUCUGUACCGAUGUGAUCUUCCAGUUAUCUUUGUCGAAAGCGAACUAAGUAUAGACCGAACCGAUUUGAUGGUAUU